UCCGCUCUGCCUAACGAUUUCGAUCUCAUGUACAGCAAGCGCGCUCUGAUCCACUGGUGCGUCGGCGAGGGUAUGGAAGAUGGCGAGUUCUCCGAUGCUUGCGAGGACUUCCCUGUGCUUGAGAGCGAUUACAAGAAGGUCGCUUCCGACUCCGCCGAGGGUGAUGAGGCGGGCGGGUAG